AUGGCGCUCUGUAACAGCCGCGCAGUGCUACCUAUCGGACGUCUCGAUGCGGCCAACCCGACGAAUAACAUCAUCUCGAACAAUGGCUGGCUCGUCGAUGUUCCUCUGGAUGUCUUGAAACUCAAGAUGGCAUGGACUCAAUUGAACCAAGCUUGGCCCAUCCUCUCUUACAGACUCAAGAAGAACGGACGCACAGGAGACCUCGAGUUUCAUAUGAUCGAGCAAUCUGCGAUUGUAUUGGGCAGCGGCUUCACGACCGCCACAGUCGCUGGACCGGUAGCGUCUCGUUUCGACUACCCGAAGCCCACCGACUCGAUCUCAUGCGUCCCUCUCGAUAUCCCGCACCAUUUCUUCUCUCAUCCUUCCCGCUGCUCCGCCAAUGCGCUCUUGAACAAGGACGUGCCCGUCGCGGCCCUCCACGUCACCCGUUUCGAUGACGCUACCAUCGUCGGACUCUCUGUCUCACACGCUCUGGUGGACGGGUCUGGAACGAAGGCAAUCGUGCUGGCUCUCCUCGGUAUCCUCAAGGGAGAAGAGGUUCUACCUCUAGCAACCCACGACGCUUUCGAGACGUAUCCAUGUGCAGAGGACGUUCCCCCGCCGACCGGAUUCAGGGUGUUUAGUCUGUGGCAGAUGCUGACACUCGUGCUCGUCACGAUAUGGGACUGGUUGCGAUCACCGAGAGGCGGCCUUCGUGUGGUAUAUAUUCCCGCGAAGGAUGUUGCGCGCAUUAAAGCGCAGGCUAUGGCCGACAUUGCUGCAAAAGAAAGCGAGAAGAGCGGAGAGUGGAUCAGCACGAGCGAUUCCAUAGUAGCCUUCUUGCUCAAGUGCAUGUUCGCUUCCGAAACGAGACACAGGCCUGUCGGCGUUGCGUACCUCGUCAACAUCCGCAAGCACUUCUCGUCCAUCAUCCCGCCGACUUACAUCCGCAACGCCAACGCGGGCGUCUCCAUCGCGAUGCCCGACGCAGCGGCGAUUCCCACCACCUCACUCGGGACGCUUUCGCUCCUCGUGCGGCGCACGCUGCAAACGCAGACGCAGCAAGCAGCUCUGGUCCACUACAUCCAGUGGCGCAUCGCUAAGCCGAAGCAAAUGCCGAUGUUCAUGGAGCCGACCGGGGCGUGGGCCGCGUUCACGAACUGGCGCGAGAUGGACUUUAUGAAGAUCGACUGGACGCCGGCGGCGCUCGAUCCGGGCUCGAAGCGGGCGACGUGCCUAUAUCUGCACUCGUUCGGAUACGGGCCGUUGAACCUGAGGAACGCGUUCGUGAUCGGGCCCGACGACCCGUCUGGUGGUAUCUGGGCACUCGGUGCCUUGUCGGACUCGGUGUGGAAGGAUGUUAACGGCUUCGGGCGAUAUCAGCGCAAGUGA